AUGCCUCUGAAACCCUACAACUCUCCUAACCUCACCUCCCCUCUCCUCCUCUCCUCACCCCUCCUCUUCUCACCCCUCAUCUUCUUCUCGCCCCUCUUCAUCUCCUUACCUCUCGUCCCCUCACCUUACCUUCUUCAGACCUCACCUUUCCUCUCACUUCCCCUUCCUCACCUCCCCUUCCCCUCUCCUCUCCUCUCCUCUCCUCACCUCCCUUCUCCUCUACUCACCUCCCUUCUCCUCUCCUUCUCCUCUCCUUCUCCUCUCCUCACCUCCCUUCUCCUCUCCUCACCUCCCUUCUCCUCUCCUCACCUCCCUUCUCCUCUCCUCACCUCCCUUCUCCUCUCCUCACCUCCCUUCUCCUCUCCUCACCUCCCUUCUCCUCUCCUCACCUCCCUUCUCUCCACCUCACCUUUCCUCUCACUUCCCCUUCCUCACCUCCCCUUCCCCUCUCCUCUCCUCUCCUCUCCUCACCUCACCUCUCCUCUCCUCUCCUCACCUCACCUCUCCUCUCCUCUCACCUCCAUAACCUCCCUUCUCCUCUCCUCUCCUCUCCUCACCUCCCUUCUCCUCUCCUCACCUCCCUUCUCCUCUCCUCACCUCUCUUCUCCUCUCCUCACCUCCCUUCUCCUCUCCUCACCUCCCUUCUCCUCUCCUCACCUCUCUUCUCCUCUCCUCACCUCCCUUCUCCUCUCCUCACCUCCCUUCUCCUCUCCUCACCUCCCUUCUCCUCUCCUCACCUCCCUUCUCUUCUCCUCACCUCCCUUCUCUUCUCCUCACCUCCCUUCUCUUCUCCUCACCUCCCUUCUCUUCUCCUCACCUCCUUUCUCCCCACCGUUCCUCACCACUACCGACCUUCGCACAGCCCGUCUAGCUUCCUGUACCCACCUCCCUCCCCUUCCUCAUGACCACCCCCCCCCUUCAGUACUUCCAUCUUGGCGUAACCCCACCCCGCACACCCUUACCCGCCGCCCUCUCCCCCUCGGCGCCCCUGCUGUUAACUCGCCCAGUCUCCCUCAGCGCUCGCCCCUCCACAACCUCACCUCCUCCUCCUGCCUUCCCUCCUCGUUGCACUCGCGCAGUGGAAGCAUCAGGAGUGUUAGGGGGCGCAUGGGGACCGGUAAAAGGGGUUCUCUCACUCCUGCUCCUCACCAUCCCUCCUUCCACACGCGCCCUCAGCCCUUUUCCCCGAACUCCCUCUCCUCUCUCCUUCCCCGUACUCCCAGCACACUCCAUAGACAACUUCCUACUCCCCAUCCUCCCUUGCGGCUGAGAUUCGGCCCGAACCAGCCUUCCGAGCCUGCUGGUUGA